AGAAAUGACAUAGAAUAUGUGCUCUGCUAUUAUAUUAGUUACAAAAUCAUUGUAGAUACUAAUUACUGAAAUUAUUAUUAUUAUUAUUAUUAUUGAUAAACAUUUUUGUAAACUCUUUUUCUGCAUUUACAGUCCUGACUAACAAUUUUUUUAACCACACCUUGUUACCGUUCAUGUUUAAAGUUUUAUGUGUAAUCUUGUGGAUGCAAACAUGGCUGUUAAUGCACACUAUUUUUUAAGGCAGAAUAGAUCUGUAUUUUGUAUAACUGCAAAUGUAAAAAAGAAGAAAGAUCACGGGUAUUUUGCCAGUGAAAAUGCAAAUUCUGUAACUAGUUAAUCAACUGUCCUAAAUUAUAGCCUAUGUUAGUUUAAAUUAUGGUCCAAAUGUAUCACUUUAAAGUGCUUAAGACUACAAAACCCAAUCAGUGGCGAGCUGAUCAAUCAGAUUCAAGGUAAGAUUGUAUAAGUAUUAGUGUACUGGCGAGCUUAUUUAUGCAGUCUCACCUAUAUUUUAUAUAAUAUGAUUUAGUCAGGUUUAGUCAGACAGUUUUAUGUUUCUAGAAUAAGUAAGAUAUUUGGUAACAAAAACUGUACAGUGCAGAUGAAAAGAUUUCAUUGCAUUUAAUUUAGUGCUUGGUGGUAAAUUUACUGAUUUUAUGUCUUUCUAAUUAAUUUGUGUUUAAACUUUAUGACAGUUGGUAUUAUACAUGGCUUAGUCUCAUAAAAACUUCUCAAACAGAACACAUGAUGGAUUAAUGAACUCAGCAAGAUGUGUUGUCCAUUAAUCUAGAACACUGAGUUGAUGAUUGUUCAUUUAACUCAACAAUUAACUAAUACAUAUAAUUAACUAUUAGUUAAACGUUUUCCAGAUUGAAGAUAAAAUAAGGUAAGAUAAAUCUUUAUUCGUCCCACAGUGGGGAAAUUUAGCAGAAUGGUGGGUCAUUUUGAUCCUUUAUGUGGGUUAUGUGGGUUGUACUUUAUGAGGGUUUACUUUUAUUUGAAAAACAUUAUAUAAUUACACAAAUGUUUUUAAUACUAUAAAAGCUGGAGGUGGCACCAUCAUUGGCCUGAAGCUUCCAUCAAAGUGCAUUUUUGGCAUCUGUACAUUCUAAACUAAUAAAGGUCUCAGGUUGUCUCUCUAACAGAAUCCUUAAAGAUUCUAUGUAGAACCAUAAAACAGGGUGGUUCCUUAUAAUGAAGAGUUUUGAACCAUUUUUUGGACCCUAAUUGGCUGAUGAACCCUUAAAACUCUUAAGACAUACCCAAACAGAAUAAUUCCAAAUUUGGGAAAAAUUUUUUUAGAGAGCAUUGCUGUUAACUUUGUUCAUGCUAAUGCACUUCUCCACUACACUUCAGUUAGGACAGAGACUGAGAGGAUCAUGCAAGUGCAGUGAUAUGGCAGUAUAUAACAAUCCAGAAGAGGCCUUGUCUUUUCCAGAGUCAAACUCAAACUCAGGAAGAGUUAAUACAAAGGGGAACACUAGAGACAGAGGCCAGUGGUCAAGUAAAGCUGAAUUUCUACUGGCUGUUGCUGGACAAAUCAUUGGCCUCGGAAAUGUGUGGAGGUUUCCUUACUUGUGCUACAAGAAUGGAGGUGGAGCAUUUUUAAUACCAUAUUUGGUCUUCUUGUUUGCCUGUGGCAUUCCACUGUUUCUCCUGGAGAUAUCAUUGGGUCAGUACACCAGUCAGGGUGGCAUCAGCUGCUGGAGAAAAAUUUGCCCUUUGUUUCAAGGAUUAGGAUAUGGAACCAUAGUGGUCCUGUUGUAUUCCAGCAUCUACUACAUUAUCAUCAUGGCCUGGGCAUUCUUCUAUCUCUUUUCUUCUUUUAGUAGUGAGCUACCAUGGGCUAGCUGCAACAAUUCCUGGAACACUGAAACAUGUGUUGAAUUUGGUAAAAAGAAUAAUUUUAGCAACUUGAGUAUACCAGAGAAUGCAACUUCACCUGUUAAGGAGUUCUGGGAGAGGAGAGUGCUAAAUCUCACUAGCAGUGUGUAUGAGCUGGGCAGUGUGAGGUGGGAGCUGGCUCUGUGUCUCCUCUUGUCUUGGAUCAUAUGCUACUUCUCAGUGUGGAAGGGAAUAAAAUCAACAGGCAAGGUGGUCUAUUUCACAGCUACUUUUCCUUAUGUGAUGUUGUUGGUGCUUUUGGUGCACGGACUCAUGUUACCUGGAGCUGUUGAUGGCAUCAGGUUUUAUCUGUACCCAGAUCCUACACGUCUCAAAGACCCACAGGUGUGGAUGGAUGCUGGAACUCAAAUUUUUUACUCUUAUGCUCUGUGCAUGGGCUGCCUCACUGCUCUUGGAAGCUACAACAAGUACAACAACAACUGCUACAAGGACUGUAUUUAUCUGUGCUUGUUGAACAGUGGGACUAGUUUUGUGGCUGGCUUUGCCAUCUUCUCUGUGCUGGGCUUCAUGGCUUAUGAGCAGGAGACAGAUAUAUCAACAGUGGCAGAGUCAGGUCCAGGAUUGGCCUUUAUUGCAUACCCCAGGGCAGUUGCGAUGAUGCCUCUUCCACAACUAUGGGCCACUUGUUUUUUCUUAAUGAUAGUUUUGCUAGGCUUGGACACUGAGUUUGUGGGGUUGGAGACUUUAAUGACAGCUAUAACUGACCUGUACCCUUCUUACUUACUCCUUGGUUAUCGGCGUGAACUCACCCUGCUCUUUAUCUGUGUUGGGAGCUUCCUCAUUGGCCUGGUUAUGGUAACAGAGGGUGGCUUGUAUAUUUUCCAGCUGUUUGAUUACUAUUGCUGCAGUGGGAUGACACUUCUUUUAUUCGCCAUUCUGCAGUCGGUGUGUAUAGGCUGGGUGUAUGGGGUUGAUAGCCUAUAUGAUAACAUUGAGGACAUGAUUGGCUAUCGACCGUUUUUCUUAAUAAAGUACUCUUGGAAAUACAUCACUCCUUUAAUCUGCACUGGUACAUUUGUCUUCUCUCUGGUCAAAUUCACUCCUCUGAAGUUUAACAAUAUAAUGGAAUACCCCUGGUGGUGCUAUGCUAUUGGCUGGUACUUCACACUCUCUUCAACUUUACUGGUACCUCUUUGGAUGAUCUAUGGUCUCCUCACCUCCAGCGGCUCGUUUAGGCAGAGAUUACAUGUUCUCUGCACCCCAGAAAGAAAACUUCCCUUGAACUCAAGCAGAAGGGAAAACUAUUCAAGUUGUAUUGCCUUUACAGCUGUAACACAAGGGCAAGAACAUCCUUGAAGCAAAAGCAGAUUGUGUUACUGCGCCACCUGCAGUUCCCCCUCCUAUUCACCAGAGAGAACCCUCGACAGAAUAUUUUUAUUCUUCUUUUAUUCUUACUUAAUUACAGAUGGGGUACUUGGGGUACUUGUCAGCUGUGAGGGAACUAUUUGUCUCAUUGUACAUAAAUGCAACACAGUCAUUUGUUAAGCAAUUUCAUGCAAAAUUUUAAGACAAUAUUAUAUUUCAUGUUACUCCAUAUAAGCAAGACCACAUUUCUUCUGAAUGGAAUUACUUAUUCCAAAUUAUUUUUGUUUUUGCAAAAUGAAAAAACAUUACAUUAAUUUUGCAACUGAUUUGACAGCAUAUACAAUGAACAGAUCUUUGCAAUGUAGGCCAGUAGUAAAUCAAUAAAGUAUAUUUGAUGU